CCGGUCUCCGCCUCAGCCGGUCUUCCUUGCCUCUGCCCGCCAUGUCUGACAACGGCAACAACGGGAACAAUGGCAACAAUGACGACAACAACCAGCAGUCCUCCUCCAACUCGCGGCAGUCGUCGUCCACCAUCAAGAUCCCCCAGACCGCUGCCGUGGGCGGUGUCACCAUCACCCAGCCAAAAGUGACCGCGACGUCGUACUACAAAAUCGCGGAGAACCAGAUGAUCACCUUUGGCUGGAAUAUGACCUCGGUCAUUGCAACGCCGACGUCCAUUACCGUCUCUGCAAUCUGCGAGAACGGGAACACGUACCCGGUGGGAAUUGUGGACGGUGACGCGACGGAGCUCGUUUGGGACAUCUACUCGUACCAACAGCACAAUCCCAACUCCCCGCUCGUUCCCGCGAGCUAUACGCUGUCACUAUGGGACGAUCGUGGGCCCGACGCUGGUCAAAAGGCCGGGUACAUGAAGCCGAACGGAGAGCUGGUCUUUGCGAUGUACACGCCGGCGGACUAUACGUCGAUCAGUGACGGCUGGAGAUGUGGUGCAUGCAACUCUUCACUCACCAAUGCGGCGACCAAUCCAGCAUUCCUCGGCAUUGUUGUCACUUUCGUCGUGAUGCUCUUGUCUGGUAUCCAGCUGCUUCGGGACCAGCGUCAUUGAGGUGCAGGCUGGUGGCAUACGUACUGGUUGGGAAUGGACCUUGUGGGCCGUCGCUUUCGUUACCAGUUUCCGUUUCACCUCUACGUUUCCGUUCUGGCAUUGGACAUCGUUCCCUUACGUCCCACACGACAUCGCAUGGACUACUCUGGAUAGGUACUCUUACGCAUACUUAUAUUGCCCCGGUAAUGUGGACGAUGCAGCUGUAUAGAGAUGCAGGCUGCAAUGUGUGUACUUCGUCUGCGAACAUUCAGGUUCGUGACGACUUCGCGGCAACAGUCACUCCCAAUGGCCAUCGGAGAAAAUGGCGUAUGCUUCUGUUGUCUGGCCUCUCGAGAUGCUUUUGAGGCAGAGAACAGAGGAAAGAGGACAAAUAGUGCAGUCAAAAGUUGAACCAAAUCUGAUGGCAUGAUCCCAC